AUGGCAGCACCCGUGGGACCUCUCACCCAGAUCAAACUGCCGUCGGGCCCUUCGCCGGUCACGGCUGAGCAGCGCUACUGGCAGUCUUUCAAGAACCAACUCCAGAUCCCCUCGCCCACGACAUAUCCCAUCACCCACAUCAGCGGUGCCUCCAACGACGGGCACUUUGCCGUCACCACCGGUACACGUGUUCAGAUCUACUCGGUGCGCACGCGGAAACUCGAAAAGACCGUCACCCGCUUUGCCGAUGUCGCCCGGAGCGGUGAUAUCCGCCGCGAUGGCAAGGUCCUCGUCGCCGGCGAGGACACUGGCCGCAUCCAGGUCUUUGACGUCAACUCGCGCGCCAUCCUGAAGACGUGGAUGAACCACAAGCAGCCCGUUUGGGCCACGAGGUUUUCCAAGACGCAGCUCACCACCCUGCUCAGCGCUUCCGACGACAAGACAGUCCGCCUCUGGGACCUGCCCAGCAACCAGCCCACCCACACCUUUAUCGGCCACCAGGACUACGUCCGCAGCGCUGAUUUCAUGCCCGGCUCCCUGGCCAACCUGCUCGUCUCGGGAAGCUACGACUCGACUGUUCGUCUCUGGGAUCCGAGGAUCGGCUCCAACCAGGCUGUCAUGACCUUCAAGCACGCCGCCCCCGUCGAAGACGUCCUCGCCCUGCCCUCCGGCACCACGCUGCUCGCUGCCGCUGGGCCCGCCAUUUCCGUCCUCGACCUCGUCGCCGCCCGUCCCCUGCAGCAGCUCACGAACCACCAGAAGACCGUCACGUCUCUGUGCCUCGCCAGCGGCGGCACCCGUCUCGCCUCGGGCGGCCUCGACGGUCACGUCAAAAUUUUCGAGACGACCGGCUGGAACGUUGUGUCGACGACGAAAUACUCCUCUCCCAUUCUGACCCUUCGCGUCCUCGGCGCCUCCGACUCGUCCACCUCGACGGCGUCCGCCGCCGGCGCCGACCCGGGCUCCAACGCCGGCAACGACCGCCACCUCCUCGUCGGCAUGCAGUCGGGCGUCCUCAGCAUCCGCACCCGCCUCUCCGGUGCCGAGGCCACGCGCCAGCGCGACCGUGACCCACGCCCAAGAAGAAGCGCCGCAUCGCCGCCACGCGCCGCCUCGACAUGGCCGGCGAGUCGACCGACGUCGUCAUCGCCAACGAGGCCCCGCGAGGGCGCCCGCAAGAACGAGGCUCUCUGGCAGCGCGCCCUCCGCCAGGGCCGCUACGCCGAGGCACUCGACCGCCUCCUCGACCCGGCCUCGGUGGCUUCGAACUCGGCCGCCGCCGCCAAGAACAAGCAGGGCGGCAGCAAAGCGGCGGCGGCGGCGGCUGCGAACAAGAAGCAGGCCGACCAGCCGGCGGCGCCGCUCGAGGUGCUCACCCUCCUCCUCGCCCUGCGCCACCGCAGCGCCGUCCGCGCCGCCCUCGAGGGCCGCGACGAGCGCACCGUCCAGCCCAUCCUCAAGUGGGUCUGCGCCCACGUCGUCGACCCCCGCUACGUCAGCGCCUGCGUCGAGGUCGGCAUGCACCUCAUUGAGCUCUACGCCGAGUACGCCGGCGGCAGCGCCGACCUCGCCGACGGCUUCCGCCUGCUGCGCCGCCGCGUCGGCGGCGAGGUCGAGAAGGCAAAGGCCGCGUGCGAGACGGGCGGCAUGGUCGACGGCCUCAUCCUCGGCGCUGCCUGA